ACGCGCGUCCAACUCGGAGCCUAGAGUCCUGUCUGACAUUUGCAACUAGACUGGGGAUGACUCUGGAAUCACUCCAGAAACUUCCGAGACACGACCGUUGGGACCAGUUCUUUCAGGAUCGUGACAAUGAUGAGCUCGUGGAGCUUAUACUCUCUCACACUGCUCCGCCGGUAGUUGAGUUGCUUGACCAGAUAGAUAGUCCUACAUUUGAAGAGCUUGCAUCCCUCCCUUGGGAUACGACUAAUGAUAUGGGAGUUUACCUCAAGCUCAUAUCUGAGAAAUCUCAAUGCGCCGCACAGCUUCCCCAUUGGGUUUACAUCGGUUCAGUAAUAAGUGUGACUAGAGGGCUCAAUGGACGCCGGUGCACUCACGAGCACCCACCAAAAAACCAGACGAUGCCUUUUUAUAUCGCCCUAGCCUUUGACGAUUACGUCGACCGUACCGCGAGUAGCAUGUCGGAGACAUCCGGGUGCAUAUACUCUAAAUGGUACCGGCCCUCACAGCUAUCGCCCGAGCUGCGUAGGGACGGCAUGUUAUGA